CCCAGCAGUGCUUUAUUCUCAUGCAAAUGUGAAGCAGCUGAGCAGGUUCGAAGGGGGAAGGGGGUGCUUGGGAAACGCAAUGGACGGAUUUCUUUGUGAGGCCAUAAAUCCCAAAUGUUCUCAGAGCUGAAAACAAAAACAGCAUGGGCGCUGCCACCACGGCCUCUUCAAUAGAUGCACCUUCUGCCAGCACAAAGGGCCCCUCGCACUAUUCGGGGCCACAACCAAGAAUGAAAACAGACAUGCUGAAGUCAAUGCUGGUCUUCUUGGAGCUGAGGGGAAGGAAGUUGUUCUGUCAGUGAGAAGUGGUGUUUACUGGAAACUGGCAGGCUCGUCCCUCUGCAAGAAAAUCACAGGUCAUGGUGGCAUGUGGCUGGGAUUAGAACAUUUCACUGUGGAUUAAAGUCUUUCCAACACCUCUACAGUCCCUCGUCUGAAGAAAGGAGUUUGACGUUCCAGUGAGGUUUUUGGGCCCCAUGGUCUCACUCAGCAGCCCCAAGAUGUUCCAGCUGAUCCAUGGUCACCUCCAGCCAGCUGGCCACCGAAACCACAAAAGCCGCCUGGUCACCAAAGAUGGGCACUGCAACAUAGAAUUUGGAAAUAUAGAAUACAGUAACCACUUUGCAUACCUGCUGGACUUCUGGACCACCUUUGUGGAGUUCCGUUGGCGCUUUGUCAUCCUCCUCUUUGUGGCCACGUUCACCGGUAGCUGGUUUAUUUUCAGCUUGCUGUGGUACUGGAUUGCAAAGAGCAAUGGGGAUCUGACUGCACAGAACCGCACAGAGGGACAUGUCCAGUGUAUAGACAAUGUUAAUGGUCUCACGACAGCGUUCCUCUACUCCUUGGAAACCCAAACUACUAUUGGCUAUGGUGGCAGGGCUUUGACCGGACACUGUGCUGGCACAGUGGCUUUAAUAAUCAUCCAGUCCCUCAGUGGCGUUUUCAUCAACUGUUUUAUGUGUGGAAUCAUUUUGGCCAAGAUAUCUUUACCCAAGAAAAGGGCGAAGACCGUCACCUUCAGCAACACAGCUGUCAUCUGCUUGAAGAAAGGAAGUCUUUGUCUUCUCAUCAGAGUGGCCAACCUUCGAAAGACCUUAUUAAUUGGAAGCCAAAUCUAUGGCAAAUUGGUUCAAACAACAACCACACCAGAUGGCGAGACCAUCAUCUUGGACCAAGUGGACAUUGAAUUUGUGGUCGAUGCCGGCAAGGACAACUUGUUUUUUGUUUGCCCUCUGACUCUAUAUCACGUGAUUAACAGAUCGAGCCCGUUCUAUGAGCUGUCAGCAGACACCCUUCCCCUACAGGACUUUGAGUUGGUGGUAUUUUUGGAGGGGACCGCCGAGUCCACCAGCUCCACUUGUCAGGUCCGGACGUCCUACAUCCCACAGGAGAUUCAGUGGGGAUACAGUUUCCUGCCCAUCAUCUCUCGGACCAAGACAGGGAAGUACCAAGUAGAUUUCUCAAACUUUUCGAAAAGUGUCCGAGUCACCACUCCACACUGCGCCCACUGCUUUGAGAUGGAUGUGGACCAGAAAAAACAUAACAACCACAACCAAGAAGAAUACAACAAUCGGCAGAAACUCGGGAUUGACAACUUGGGGUUCCAGGUGAUUGACAUUCAGGAAUCCACAGAUGUUACUCAAAUGUGAGACAGAAAUGAUAAAAUUAUACACUUUGUGUCCCCAAAUGCACAAGGAAGUUCAUCCUGACAAUUUUCUUCAGCUGUUUAUGUGAGAUGGCUAUAGGCAGCUGAAAGACAAAUGACAAACGUCUGUUUGGAGGUUCUGUACAAAGAACUGAAGAGUAAUCAAAGCAUACUGAGCGCUUAAGGAUCUUUUAAUUCCCAGUGCCGUAACCCGAGAGCCCAUUCC